AUGAAAUUUUUAUUACUUCUCAUUUCACUAUUUAGUGUGGCUUUAAGUAAACACGAACGAAAAAAAGUUAAAUACUGUGACCAAAGAAGACCAGUAUUUUUAUUUAAUGGAAUGCUUGGAAGUACAAUAAAUGCAAAUUUAAAUAUUCCUGCUACUGAGGAACUUCCAGAAUAUUGUCCAAGACAUGUAUCUGAUAUACCACUUUGGAUUUCUUCAGACCUUCUUAACCCACUUACGAGAGGUUGUAUUCCUGAAUACCUAACUUUAAAUUAUAACAAUAAAACACAAACAAUGGAAAAUAUGAAGGGCGUUAAUACUUAUUAUCCAGCCAAUACUUCAGUUAGUGGAGUUGCAUUUCUUACACCAAAAGAUUCAUUGUUUUCACAAUUAGUUCGAGUUUAUGCCGAUAUUGUUGAUAAUUUAGAAAUGAUGGGAUAUAUUGAUACUGAAGACCUUCAAGCUGCUGCAUUUGAUUGGAGAUUUAUUUCUCAAUCAGACUCUUGGAAAAAGGAUUUGGUUAAACGAAUUGAGUCUACAGUGAAAAAUAGUGAAAAUAAAGCAGUAUUAAUUGGACAUUCUAUGGGUGGUUUGAUUAUUCAUAACUUCUUAGAAAGUAUGCCACAAAAAUGGAUUGAUACAUAUAUAUCUAAGGUCAUUACAAUAUCCACACCAUGGGCUGGAUCAAUUAAAGCAGUUAGGGCAUUACUUUCCGGUGAUAGUCUUGAUCUUCCAGAAAUUAUUUUACCAAGUGACUUUUUCCUUAAAGCUAUUAGAUCAUUUGAGUCUUCAUAUGGUAUGAUUCCAAGUUCAUUAAAUUUCAAUAAAAAAGUCUUAAAAAUUAAUGGUACUAAAUAUGAUGCUACUGCAACCAAAGAGUUAAUUAAAAAAUUAUCAGGUUCUAUUCUACCAUCAUUUGCUGAGAAACUUAUUAAAACAACAGAAGUUGAUUAUAAAAAGAAGACGAAACAUUGGGAACAUUUAUGUGUUUUUGGAAGUGAGAAGAAAACAGAGAGUCAAUUAGUUUAUUCAUCUAAUUUCACGUUAUUAAAAAUUGAAACUAAUAAAGAAGGAGAUGGAACAGUUCAAAAAGAAAGUCUUAAGUUAUGUAAAGAAAUGGGAGCUGAUAUUUUAGAAAUUGAAGGAGCUGGACAUGUUGAUAUUUUAGAAAAUAGAAAAUUAAUUAAAAAGAUUCAAAAGAGCAUAUGUAAAACAGAAGACUAUAAAGCAACUCCAAUGAACUUUGUUGAAAAAACUGUGAGAGUAGUAGGGAAAUUUAUUGGAGCUUUAUUAAAAUUUGUGAAUGAUUUUCUUGAUGACUAA